CCCGGCGCGGCGGGGGGCAGCGGGCCCGGCCCGGCCCCGACGGCGCCGCCCGCCAUCCUCCCCACCCUGGCCCGCCGCCGCCCCCGGCCCGCCUUCGCGCUGGGGCGGUCGGCGGCUCCGCGCCCGCCGCCGGCAUGGAGGCAGCGGGGCGGCGCGGCUGGACCGAGGGGCGCCCCGCCUGGGGGGUGCUGCGCCCCCCGCUCCUCCUCCUCCUCCUCCUCCUCCUGGCAGAAGAUUGUCUGGCUCAGUGUGAUAAUGACUGCAAAGCUUACUGCUGUGAUGGGACUGCUCCCUACUGCUGUUCAUAUUAUGCCUACAUUGGGAAUGUCCUUUCAGGCACAGCAAUAGCUGGAAUUGUUUUCGGUAUAGUAUUUAUAAUGGGAGUGAUUGCUGGGAUUGCCAUCUGUAUCUGCAUGUGCAUGAAGAACAACCGCGGGACUCGAGUAGGGGUCAUCCGAACUACACACAUCAACACUAUCAGCACGUACCCAGUGGCUCCACCGCCAUACAGUUACGAAUACGAAAUGGAGUACCCAGUUGACCUACCUCCACCUUAUACUCCAACCCCACAGACUUCGAUACAGUAUCCCCCACCCCCUCCGUACCCUGGAUAUGCAGGGAAAUAAUUACAUGGCUUCAUAUGGAUAUUAACUGCCUGUUGGAACAGCCAGCACCAUUAGGACAAACAUUAUCGGCUCAGGGACAAAUAUGCUGGGGUCUGCAUCAACACAUAUGGCUAGGUGUUGAAAUAACCUGGGAGGAUCGCCAUGGCUUAGGAUGGAGAAGGAUACUGUCCACUCUGGACCUUCAUGUUUCAUGAUGAAACAACACAUAACCAAAGAAACAGUUCUGCAAGUUAGUGCCUGAUGAGCAGCGCUUAGCGUCAGUGCUUAGCUUCAGCUGCAGCUCCUUACUGCACACAGGAGUGGCGGUCUUCCCAAGAAAGAACAUGCAAGUGCUACAAAUGGUUCAACAAGCCAUUUCAAAAGCACAAGAGGCAGCUGCUGGGGCUUAUUCUGGGGGGGAAAGUCCAACUGCUGUCUUCAAGUAUGUGUUACGCCUUUCCUUGAAACAAGGGGAAUAAGGAAGAACAAGUAAGAUUGAAGCUAUUUUCAAUUUCUGCUUCAGACUGAUAAUAUCCAGUAAUCAGCUGUGCAUAUUGGUCUGAUAAGCAUAUUACGGGAGAAGUGCUGUCCGAGUUACUCAGUAACCAAAAAAAUGACAUUAUUUUUGGUCAAGUGCAGGUUUUUUAAGUGCCUACUUUUAACCAGUUUGAGACUAGUUUGUGGUCUGAAAUGUAAAACAUAAAGAGCAUUUUUAUAUGUGAAACACACUAAUUUAUAGCUGAUUUCUGUGGUCUUAAAAACUGUAUACAUUGGAAAUAUGUUACAAUGCCUUUUUUAUCAGCAAAUGAUACUUUGAUUUUUUUAAAAAUACUGAAUCAGGAACACUCACAAGUGGGAGAAGAAAUAAAAACCAAAUACUCGAACAUCACAGCUUUGUCUUCAAUUGGAUUGCAUAAAGACUUUUUUAUCAUACUGCUUGCUAGUAAUAAUGAUACUCAGCCUAACCAAAGAGAUGAGCAUAUAGACUGUGAAUAUCAGAUUACUUUUGACUGUUGUCUUGGCCUUUUUAAAACUGUAAGUCACCAAAUAAUACUUUUAUGCAUUUGUCAUGCAUAUCGUUCAAAAUUACUUACCCUCUACUAUAUGAAGUACAGACCCUUAUGAUUUAAAAUGUUGCAGGUACUUAUGGGGUUAACUGUAAUUCAGCAGCAGCUAUUUGACUUCAGAAGAGAGUAUCACAUAAUCCAAAGCAUCAUCCUUCAAUUGUAAGACUAAUAUUUUUCUCAGUUUUAUAUGCAAACCACAAAGACAGGAGCUCUCUUUGGGGAUUUAAAAAUGCUGAACACCCUUAACUUGAGUUGGGUGACUUGGCAGUUUGAGAAUGCUACAGCCAAACAGUGGAAGGUGGCAAAAAUGUGGCAUCUAGAGUCUAGGACAGCUGUGGCAUGAGGUCCAUUUCAGAGGGAGAGACUGCAGGUUACUGCUGAUUCCCAAAGAUCAGAACGCAUUUAAAUGUUUUCUAGUGUAGCCCUCAUCUUCUUUUCAGGUGUAUCAGUGUAUUAAUGAAUAAAAAAGCAGCUUGCAAAAGGUGGUACCAUAUCCCAGUGAAGUCAGCUGACAACCUAAGUCUCGUAUUUUUGGCACUCAGUCCUGAUUCCAGGAAGCAUUCAAGCAACUUUCUAACUUUAAGCAUAAAAGUUAUUCAGAUUCUUUCUUAUAAACAAGACCUUAUUGACUGUUCUUGCUCAGAUUUUGUACUUGUAUUUGCCCUUUCCAGGCUGACUAACCUUAUCCUCUUGAAACCCCACUUGAAAGCGCAAAUGGUGUCGGUCCUCGCCAGUGUAAGUUCAGAAGAUCUGUGUUGUGACCCUUGGCCAAACUGAGCCUUGGGUCAGAGGCCCAUUAGCUACCUAGGCAUUUGUAACCCAGUCAGUGGAAAACUGAGCUGCAUCACAGGUUUUGGUUGCUGCUGGUUCCUUGGAGAAGACUCCAAGGAAGGAGAGUUAUAUUCUCUUUUGCUGCUCAGAUGCAAGAAGUCCUGAACUAGGUUAUCCUUACAACUGCUUCAGCUCUGGGCUAUGUCCUGUGGCAUUUCAGCUGGUACCCGGACCUUUCAAGAGAUGGAUGUUCCUCAGUUGAAAUCCUCCCAUGAAAGGCAACCUUCUGCAUGAGGUGUGUUCUCAGUCCCUACUCAAAACCAUCUGCUGGGGUAUUGACAUGCCUGCCAACAUGGUGGCCAGCAUGAAGAACAGAAUAAGCAUAAUUUUCCCUGUGGGAAAUCCUGUUCCUACCACAUCAUUCUGUGCUCAUACCUCAGCACUUUCCAGUUGAUCACACCAGAUGCUAUUUCUGUGCCAAAAUGUUACCUAUAGAUAAAGAGUAUUGUCAUUUUUCCCAUUCUUGUACUUCAUUUCUUUGUGCUGAACAUGCAGACACACAAAUCAAAGAGCAGUUUGUGUUUGGUGAAUCCAGUCUCUUGAAAAACACAGAGAAAGAAAACUAUCCUAUAGAUCAUAAAUCUUCCCUUAGAGAAGAAUUUCUCCAGCCGUGACAUUUGUCAGAACAAGUUAUAAAGCAGAUUUCUUAAAUAAAAAGGCAUUUCUGGAA